AUGGAUCUUGCUGAAGUUGAUGCUGGAGGUAGCUCUCUGAUGUGGUCAUGGUGGUCGUUGAUCCUGUGUAUGUGCGCCACUUGGUCCUCUGUCCGUGAUGGGACUGGUCUGGUGCGUACUGGCCUCUUGGAUGGAGCUCCUGAAGUGCUCACUCGGUUGGAUGUUGUCCUGGUGCAGCAAGUCUCUAUUCCGUUGCUGAAGGUGGCUGAUGGUGCUAAGGUGUUGGUUCACUCACUGCAUACCUGGGAGGACUUCCUCAAACUGGUCGAUGCUUGCUACAGGUUUGAUGGUCCUGCACAUGGGGCCCAUGCCGUUGGUAUGCAAACCAUGGUAGCUGUUGACUCUAGUGCCCGUAUGGUGACCUUACACAAGGCUCCUGGAGGAUGUGAGUAUGUGAUCGGUGAUGCUGGCUGUCCCCAGGUGAUCGCUGGAGUGUGGUCCACGUGUAAUCAUGCUGCGGUGAAGAGUGCGGGAUUUUCAUGUCAGCCGUUUUCCCAGUUGGGUGAUUGGAAAGGAGGGGCAGACCCUUGUGCUAUGUCCCUUCCUAACAACCUUAGAGCUGCACCGUCUCAACGUGUCCAUGGUUUGGUGUUUUCAUGCGCUGUCCCUGCAUGCAGAGAUUCGUUCAUCUCGCAACACCGUGAUAGGUUUGUUGACUGGUCUGGAGUUGUGAAGGAGAACAUCAACCUUGAGCUCUCUGCUAUUGGUCAAGUGCAACCGUUGAUGCAGAACCAAACACAGAUUGACGGGCAGUUUCUGGAGUUCACCCACCUUCAGUCUCAACAAGUUUCGAAUCCACAGGCCCUGAUGCAGGCCCCGUCUCAACACUUUUACGGCCAAAGUAAGACCCAGUAUCAGUGCAUCCAGGCUCUGUUUGAGAAUCAGCUUUCUCGUAUACGUGGCUUGUUGCGGAAGCGACUGCGAGAUGAUGGUGAAUGUGGGGGUGGGCCUGAACUGCAUGGUUCUCACAGUGGUAUGAUGAUGAUGGGGUCUUGUUGUGCCGUGUGGGUUCUUGCUGCUCUUAUGCCCUUCUACCAGUUUUUGGGGUUUGUGUCAACUGCCGUUUUCGCCGGGGCCGGCCACUGUGUCAGGUCUUGGGUGGUUACGCUGUUGCUCCUUUUCAAUGUUCGUUGGCUUGGAGAGACUUCUUCUCCUGGUCCGGUUAAGUUCAGUUUCACUCCAUUCAGACGGCAGUCCCGGGCUUGCCCAGCUGCCCGUCCCCUUGGCCGCGUUGCCACACUGACCUAA